GGCAGUUUGAAAUGAGGGCAGCCCGCUAAAGAUAAAAUAACCUAGCGGAGCUUGACUGCCUGUGGACUGAGUUUGGGAGCUUCUGCGCUGCGAGAGCUUAAACCAGCUAAUUGAAGUUUCCGCUUCUUGGUUACGGCUUUGCAGCAGAAUUCUCUCGACCUCUCAGAGCUGUGGACUUUCACCCCGUAAUCUCGAUUUCAUAAGCAUUGUGAAGCUAGGGUUUUGGGUUCUCCGUCAUCCAUGGAGGCGGUGGUGAUAGACGCUGGAUCCAAGCUCCUGAAAGCCGGUACCGCCGUCCCGGACCAAGCUCCACCAAUGAUAAUUCCCACGCAAAUGAAGCGCAUGCUCGAGGAAGGAUCAGCAGCUGAUAGUCCAGUAGUUGAGGAUUUUACAGUUGACCCAGUGGUUCGAGGUUGCAUAAAAGAUUGGGAUGCUAUGGAGGAUUUGCUGCAAUAUGUUCUGUACACAGGUCUUGAAUGGGAAGAAGGAAAUGAAGGGCAGGUUUUGUUUACUGAUCCGCUUUUCACACCAAAGCAGGCUGUUAAAGAGCAAUUGGUCCAGUUGAUGUUUGAAACAUUUAAUGUGUCUGGAUUCUAUGCAUCUGAACAAGCAGUCUUGUCUCUCUAUGCAGUUGGGCGUAUCUCUGGAUGCACAGUUGACAUUGGUCAUGGGAAAAUAGAUAUUGCGCCUGUACUUGAAGGUGCUGUGCAGCAGAUAUCCUCCAAAAGGUUUGAAAUUGGGGGACUUGACUUGACGAAGUUACUGGCUCAAGAAUUGGCCAAGUCGAAUCCCACGGUUAAUCUCAAUAUUUCUGAUGUUGAGAAAAUUAAAGAAAAGUACUCUUGUUGUGCCGAAGAUGAGUUUGCUUACAGGAAAACACAAGAAACGAAUGAGAUAGAGCAGCAUACACUUCCUGAUGGCCAGGUGAUAAGUAUUGGAAAAGAAAGAUAUACUAUUGGCGAGGCUUUGUUCCAACCUGUCAUAUUGGGGCUUGAGGCACAUGGAAUUGUUGAGCAACUUGUCCGUUGUAUUUCAACAGUUUCUUCUGAUAAUCAUCGGCAGCUUCUGGAAAAUACUGUGCUUUGUGGUGGCAUAACUGCUAUGCCUGGAUUCGAAGAUAGAUUUCAGAAAGAAGCUGGAUUAUGCUCUUCAGCUAUUCGUCCUUCACUUGUCAAGCCUCCAGAGUAUAUGCCGGACAAGCUGACGGAGUUUUCAGCAUGGGUGGGAGGUGCUAUACUUGCCAAAGUUGUGUUUCCUCAAAAUCAGCACGUUACUAAGGGAGAAUAUGAUGAAACUGGACCAUCCGUCGUUCAUCGAAAGUGUUUUUGAGACCUUCGUUGGUUUGUCAUAGCUCCUCCUUGUGCUACCAUGUAUGUUUGAUGUGUCUAGAUUCACAGAAUUACCCAUUGGGGCUGCCUGCAGCAAACUACAGCUGUCGCCUGUUGGAUCUAUGCCAAUAGAAUUCUGAGAAUCUUAACCUUGUAACAAAACUUAUCGAAAUCUUCAACCUCUGUAAUAGGCUGUAACAAUAUUGCUGUGAAGUUGGUUCCUAUGACUCACUUCUCUAAUCCUGAAUGGACCAAAAAAGAGUCCCAUUAGUUCAUA